AAACUACCAGAAAACGUAGAAGAAGACGAUCGUCCUGAGAAGAUAUAAAUAGAAGAAGAUAUAAAGAAAUACAAGAGCAAACAAUUUAUAUUUAUGUGCCGUACUAUUGUAAAGAUGGACUUUAUUAAAGAGGAGAUUGAAGACAUGAGUGAUCCAGAACCAUCCAGAAUAAAACAGGAAGAUACUGAGGAACAAAUAGACUGGAUGAAAGUGAAACUGAAUGAAGCAGAGGGGGAAAAGCAGAGCGUCAAAACUCAAAGAAAAGCUAAUAAGCUUCACACCUGCUCUCAGUGUGGAAAGAGUUUCAGACAAAAAGCACACCUUAAGACACACAUGAGAAUUCACACUGGAGAGAAACCGUAUACAUGCUCUCAGUGUGGAAAGAGUUUUAAAUGUACAAGAGCUCUCGGUCAUCAUCUGCGCGUUCACUCUGGAGAAAAACCAUUCAAUUGUGAUCAGUGUGGUAAAGAUUUUUUUUCCUCAUCAAAUCUAAAACAACACCUGAUAGUUCACUCAGAUGAGAAGCCGUACGUGUGUUCACUCUGUGGAAAGAGUUUUUCAAGGCUGGAUCAUUUUAAACGGCACGAGAAAACACACAAUAAUGUGCGAGAUCAUGUGUGCUUUGACUGUGGGAAGAGCUUUACAACAGCUGACAAUCUGAAACAGCACCAAAGAAUUCAUACUGGAGAAAGACCUUACAAGUGCUCAUAUUGUGACAAGAGUUUCACUGUGUCUGGAAACCUGAAAAUACAUGAGCGACUUCAUACUGGAGAGAAGCCGUACAACUGUACUCAAUGUGGGAAGAGUUUCAUAAGUGCCAAAAGUCUCAGUUAUCAUCUGUACAUUCACACUGAAGAUAAACCAUUCAACUGUGAUCAGUGUAGUAAAAAGUUUAAUUCAUCAUCACAUCUAAAACAACACCUGAAAGUUCAUUCAGAUGAGAAGCCUCACUUGUGUUCUUUCUGUGGAAAGAGAACUCAUACUAGAGAAAAACUUUACAAGUGCUCAUAUUGUGACGAGACUUUUACUCAUUCUGGUCACCUAAAAUCACAUGAGCGUGUUCAUACUGGAGAGAAGCCGUACCACUGCAUUCAGGACAGAGUUUCACCUAAUCUAAAACUCUAGCAAUUCAUAUUAAAAACCAUUGUCAUACUGAAAAAAGUUCUUUCAGGUAAAUAAUGUGAGAUUCUGAUAAAAUAAAUGUAUAGAACAUUUACAUUUACAUCUAUACAUUACAUUUAAUUGUAUAGAAAUGCCACAGGAUUUGUAGAGAUCAUUGUUCACAUAAAAAAACGUCAUGUACUUGUUCAAUUGCAUUUGCUCCUGUUUAUUGGUGGUCACAUGACUGCACAAAACAACUCUCUUUCAGUCCUUCAGAUAAAAAGAGUGAACAUUUAGAAGAGAAUUGAUAAAUUUUAUGUUUAUGUCACUUAACUUUAGUAAGAAUGAUCAUUUCUGUUAAGUUGGCACUAAAGUAAUUAAUGUACCGCCGGUUUCGCAGACAAGGCUUAAGCUAGUUCUAGACUAAAAUGCAUGUUUGAGCUGUCUGAACUGAAAGCAACUUCAACUUAUAUAUCUUAAAAUAUGUCAGUGCCAUUGUUUUGUCUCAAGAUGCACACCAGUAAUGUUUUUUUUCUAGGGCAUGUUUAUAAAAGAUACUUAAAUACCCUAAUGGAACUAAGGCCUAAUCCUGGCUUAGUCUAAGCCCCGUCUGUGAAACCGGGCCAUAGUACGGUACACUAAGUGACGUUACGGUUUUUCUUUAUAACGGUUUUCUAUGGGAGGAAAACACAACAUGUAAUUAAAUGCGUUGCAUUCAAAUUCCGGGCUCAUCUGCUUUUCUGUACAUAGUAUGAUUUAAUAGUAUGAUGUUUACUGAGCUUGGUCUGUUUAUAUCACUUUCUUAGCCACGUUAAGCGUUUUUCUGGCCUAAGACUCAUUAGCGGUUUAGCCCCCUGAAUGCACGAGCAUCCAGUAUUGUUUGUAUACAAGAAACCCGUCUAUAGGAAAGGAAAAAUACAUUUAUUAAUGUCUUGUGGUCUAUAUGUAAACAUAAUGUGACUUGAACUGUACAUAUAUUUAAAGUUCCUCUCAAAUUACUUUUGGUGCAAUAAACAAUCAUAAUUUGUUAAGUAGUUUAAAAAAAAAAAAAAGAA